AUGCGGGUACCGCGCCUCCUCGACCUGAUCACCUUGCUUCUUCUGCCAGCCAUCUCUGCCGCGAUUGCUAUACCGGCCAAUGUUUCUGCCAGCAGUCCAUGCAAAUGCAUUCCCGGCGACAAGUGCUGGCCGUCCGACACACUCUGGAACUUGUUCAAUUCCACCGUCGGCGGGAACUUGAUUCGGACCCAGCCCGUCGCCGCGUCUUGCUAUCCCGGGCCUGAUUCCAAUCCAGGUCAGUGUGCUUCCGUUGACGCCAACUGGGCCAACGCUACUUUCCAAGCCGACAAUGUCGUGGGCCUCUCAUAUCCAACCAACAUCACCUGUCCCCCCGUCAAUGUGACCGCCGGCGAGACUGCCAAUGGGACCUGCACCCUGGGAGUCAGCCCGAGUUAUGCCGUAAACUGUACGGAACCCCGACAUGUCAGCUUGACGAUCCUCUUCGCCCAACUCUUCAACAUCCGCCUGGUGAUCAAGAACACGGGCCACGACCAGCUCGGACGUUCUGAGGGGUCGCACGGCCUGGAAAUCUGGCUCCGCCAUCUGCGCAACGGCAUCACUUUCCAGUCCACCUUCAACUCUUCCACCGGUUGUGCGGGGGUAAAUUGGACCGGAAGCGCCUUCAAGAUCGCAGGUGGGUAUACCUGGGGCGAUGUCGGGCUAGAAGCCCAACGCCACAACGUCGUCGUCGUCAACGGCGGCACUCCCUCCGUCGGCGCCAUAGGCGGGUGGAUGCAAGGUGGUGGCCACGGUCCCCCGUCGCGCGACUUUGGGCUCGGCGCAGACCAGGCGCUGGAGCUGGAUGUCGUGCUUGCGGAUGGGAGACUCGUGACGGCGAAUGCGUGCCAGUAUUCCGACCUAUUCUUCGCCCUUCGCGGCGGCGGCGGCGGCACGUUCGGCGUCGUGGUGAGCAGCACCGUCAAAGCUUACCCGAUGGUCAACGUCACCGCGCAGCAUCUGGCCAUCGUCCCCUUGAUCCCAGAAGACACGUCUGGCCUUCUCGACGCCAUUGCCGUCUUGUACUCUUCGUACCCGGAUCUCAACGACGCAGGCUACGCCGGCUACGGCACGUGGAGUGUCAACAGUCCGACGCCUCUCUUCGAAGACGUGACGACCGGGUACAUCCACAGCUUUCGCAUCUUCAACUCCACCGUCCCGCAAGCACAAUCCGCCUUCUCCACCACCCGAGCACGCCUCGCUCAAUACAACCUCACCAGCACCUUCAUCUCUGAAACCUACGCCAGCUAUCCGGACUACUGGACCUACUACAUGGCCGAAUCCGGCGUCGAGCCACCCGUCGGAAUGCCCGCGUACGGCGCCGGUUCGCGCCUCUUCGACCGCGCAUCUGUAACCUCCAACGUGACCGCUUUGCGCGCCAUGAUCGCCACCAUCGCGGGCACGCCUGACCAGUUCACAACCAACAACCUCGAACUGGUCAGCGGCGGCCAGGUAUUCCGCGACGCAGCCGACCCGUUCUCCGGCGUGACGCCCGCCUGGCGCUUUUCGUACUUUUCCAACAUCGUCGCGCGCAUCUCGUCCUUCGACACGCCCCAGUCCAUCCUGGACGACAAACAGCGCGACAUCACCUACGUCAAAGUCCCCGCCAUGAAAGCCCUGGCGCCCGAUACGGGCGCGUACAUGAACGAGGCGGACCGGUUCGAUCCGGACUGGAAGGAAGAUUUUUACGGGCCCGGCGCACGACAUUACGAGACGUUGUUGGGGAUCAAGAAAAAGUAUGAUCCCCGGGGAUUGCUUUAUUGUCCUACCUGUGUAGGCAGCGAUGCGUUUGAGGAGGUCGGGCCGUGUGGUAGGUUGUGUCGAGUCCGAGCGGGAGGUGGAUGGUAUGCCGAAGAGCAAAACCCGCCUAUUAAGUGA